GGCAGCAGAAGCACCAGCGCAGCCGCAAGACUCCCAGCGCCGUCUCCCGCCUUCCUUCUCCGCCAGCAGUAAAACAGGAAAAAUCCCCACCAAAAUGCUCCGUUUACCAAGCGUCCUGCGAAAAGUGAGGCCUGUGUGCAGGGCGCUCGCACCGCAUCUCACCAGGAGCUACGCCAAGGAAGUCAAGUUUGGAGCCGAAGCCCGGGCUAUGAUGCUCAAAGGUGUCGAUCUUCUGGCGGACGCUGUAGCUGUUACCAUGGGACCAAAGGGGCGAACCGUCAUUAUUGAACAGAGUUGGGGAAGCCCUAAAGUGACGAAGGAUGGCGUGACAGUCGCAAAAGCGAUAGAUUUCAAGGACAAAUACCAAAAUAUUGGCGCUAAGCUUGUGCAGGAUGUUGCCAAUAACACAAAUGAAGAGGCUGGUGAUGGAACCACCACUGCAACAAUUCUUGCCAGGGCCAUUGCUAAAGAAGGGUUUGAAAAAAUAAGCAAAGGAGCAAAUCCAGUGGAGAUCAGGCGAGGUGUAAUGCUAUCUGUGGAUGUUGUUAUUGCUGAGCUGAAAAAAUUAUCUAAACCUGUUACAACACCAGAAGAAAUUGCUCAGGUGGCAACUAUCUCAGCCAAUGGAGAUAAAGACAUUGGUAACCUUAUCUCUGAUGCAAUGAAGAAAGUUGGGCGCAAUGGUGUCAUCACAGUCAAGGAUGGCAAAACACUCCAUGAUGAGCUUGAACUCAUUGAAGGAUUGAAGUUUGAUCGUGGUUACAUCUCUCCUUACUUCAUCAACACAAAUAAAGGUCAGAAAUGUGAAUUCCAAGAUGCAUACUUACUGCUCAGUGAAAAGAAAAUAUCAAACGUGCAGUCUAUUGUGCCAGCCUUGGAGAUCGCCAAUGCACAUCGGAAACCUCUGGUGAUUGUUGCUGAGGAUGUUGAUGGAGAGGCACUUAGCACUUUGGUUUUGAAUAGGUUAAAGGUUGGCUUGCAAGUUGUAGCUGUAAAAGCCCCUGGAUUUGGUGACAACAGGAAGAACCAGCUGCUGGACAUGGCUAUUGCCACUGGAGGCACAGUAUUCGGAGAUGAGGCACUUAAUGUGAAAUUGGAAGAUAUCCAGGCCCAUGAUUUUGGUAAAGUAGGAGAAGUUGUAGUAACCAAGGAUGACACCAUGUUGUUGAAGGGCAAAGGUGAAAAGAGUGUCAUUGAAAAGCGUAUUCAGGAAAUUGUGGAUUUGCUAGAAAUCACCAGUAGUGAUUAUGAAAAGGAAAAGCUGAACGAAAGGCUGGCCAAACUAUCGGAUGGAGUGGCAGUUUUGAAGAUCGGUGGCACAAGUGACGUGGAGGUCAAUGAGAAAAAAGACAGAGUAACUGACGCGCUGAACGCUACACGUGCCGCUGUGGAGGAAGGUAUUGUUCUUGGUGGGGGCUGUGCUCUGCUCCGCUGUAUUCCAGCAUUGGAUGCUCUUAAACCUGUGAAUGAAGACCAAAAAGUUGGAAUUGAAAUUGUUAAGAAAGCUCUAAAAAUUCCUGCCAUAACAAUUGUCAAAAAUGCUGGAGUUGAAGGAUCCCUAAUUGUGGAGAAAAUCUUGCAGAGCCCACCAGAUAUUGGCUAUGAUGCAAUGGCUGGGGAGUUUGUGAAGAUGGUGGAAAAGGGAAUUAUUGAUCCCACAAAGGUGGUGAGGACCGCAUUGAUGGAUGCAGCUGGAGUUGCCUCCCUCCUAUCAACAGCAGAGGCUGUAGUUACAGAACUACCAAAGGAUGAGAAGCCACAAGGAAUGGGGGGUAUGGGUGGUAUGGGUGGCCCAGGUAUGGGUGACAUGUUUUAAUUUCCCUGAAAUAUGCAGAUUUUUGUAUGAACUGAAAUAACUGACGCAAUGUAUCUGUUAACAUUGUCUGAAUUGAACAGCUGCUUCCACAAUGAAGACUACAAGAUGACUAUGAAAGGUUUUUUUUUGGAAAACAGCUCUCCAUCAUUGGGAUACUUGUAAUUAAGUUAAUAGAGCUCAGUUGAACUGUUCCAGGUCUUGAACGAGUGACUUGUUUACUGCCCUCAUUGUCAGUGCUGAGAAAUUGUAAUUUAUUUUGUAUUCUGAAUAAAAUCAACAUUUGUACAUUCCUUAAAAUACUGGAUGUGUGAAGCACAUACUUAAAUCAUCAUUAGUUUAUUGUAACAGUAAUCCACUACUGUACAGACAUAAUACUGUUUUUUUAAAAAGAUGUGUAGGCAACAAGUUAUACAAGGCAGGUUCUCUGUGCAAAACAAGACGGUGAUGAGAUCCGUACACCCAUCCAGUACAGCAAAACAAGAUAUCAUGUAACAUUGCCUUAAAUAAAAGCAGAUGGCUAUCA